CCGUUUCCGGGACGGGAGGUGGGGGAGGGUAGAGGGAAAGUGAGCGGGGAAGAAUAUGACGGAAAGCGGCGGUUGCGAACGCCGGCGCGCGGCAAUGGGGAGGCGAGCGAGGGAGUUGGGCUGCGUGGUGGAUUUUCCCUUGGAACGAAGUGCGGAAACUUCUUUGGAAAAAGGAGAUAAAAUCAAUCCUCCGGUGGUGGUGAUAAUGCUUGGAUGGGCCGGCUGCAAGGACAGGUACCUCGAGAAAUACAGCGCCAUCUAUCUACAGAAGGGAUGUGUAGUGAUCCGGUAUACAGCUCCAUGGAGACUUGUGUUCUUUGCAGAAUCCUUUGGUAUAAAAUCCAUGCAGACUCUGGCUACAAAUCUGUUGGAGCUCCUUUUUGAUUACAAAGUGGAGACAAAGCCUCUACUCUUUCAUGUCUUCAGCAAUGGCGGGUUCAUGCUCUAUCGUUACAUUGUGGAACUUCUUCACACUCAACCGCAGUUCCAGCAUCUGAGGGUAGUGGGAACUAUUUUCGAUAGUGCACCUGGCAGGAAGAACUUGAGGGGUGCGGUUCGUGCUCUCUCAGUUGUUUUAGCAUCAUACAAUGUGUGUAUAAAGUACUUUCUUCUACUGUUGUUUGCAGUGCUGGUAUUGACAUUGCGGAUUGUGUUGUAUCCUGUGACCCGCUUUAUACAUGAGAGCCAUUAUGAAGCAAUGUUGAACCAACCUUCUAAAUGGCCUGAGCUCUAUUUCUAUUCCAAAGCUGAUUCUGUCAUCCUAGCAAGUGACAUCGAGGACAUGGUCCAGGCUCGACGACAGCAUCGGGUCCUUGUUAAGACUGUCGACUUUGUGCAUUCUGAUCAUGUUAGCCAUCUACGAGCGUAUCCUACCUCCUAUGUUACUCACUGCAUCUCCUUCAUGUACAGUUGCAUUGAAAGCAUUUCUCAGUAGUAUGGGCAUUCUGAAGAUAUCAGCAUAUACCUCUUCUCUUGAUUGAGUUUAUAUAUUAAAUAAUACUGCUGCUUCUGUAAUUUGCCAAGAGUUUGAAGAUUUUCUGAGAAUCUGGUAUAAACAUGUUUGCACAUAUUUGCUCAUUUAAUUUAAUUUCCAAACCAGAUAUUGGAGUCUUUCUGAGAUACAUGGAAGUAAAAAUUCCUAAGUUUAUCCAUGUCUAAUUACCAUGUGCAGUGUGAUUAUGUGGAGCUAUAGAAUAUAAACAGCACUGUGUCUAUUUAAUUCUCCUUUUAUUAGCUUCUUUUCUGUAUUUCUUUUUUCUGUCAUUUCCCUCUUGGAUUUUUCUUUUACCUGGAAGAAAUACUGUGAAGUUAGAUUGCACAAAUAGGAAUUUAUUGUCCACUGAAGUGUAUAUGAUACAAAAUAGAAUUAAGAGGAUGAAUCUGCUCCAUUUAGUGCAGAUCUCUUUUAAGAGCUAUGGCAUGAACUGCACACACAAAUUAAAACUAUGUUGUAACUGCCUUAUCCGUAGAUGCAUACCCUUUCAGAAAUCAAACUCUGAUUCAAUAAUAGUUUGAAAAGUAGCAGUUAUUGUUCCUUUAUUGUCCUAUUUAAGUAGAUAGGUGGGCAAAAUUAUUUUUAUAGUGACUUACUAUAUUAACGUGUUAAUGUAAGUGAGAAAGCUAUAACAAGAAAAACUAUUGAUUAGAAUACUAGACAUUCUGUUGUAACUAUAACAUUAAAUGAUGGAGUUAUUCAUCUUGA